CCGUACUUCGGCCUCGUGAGGGAGCCAGGCCGCACCGGCUUCCGGAUGAAGGGCAAGGGCAAGGGCCCGGGUUCGGGGCGCAAGCGGCAGGACCUCCACCACACCGCGCCCGCGGCGCUGCGGUUCCCGUGCCUCCGCACGCUCCACCCGCACGGCCGAGCCCCCGCGGCCAUCUGGAUCGUGACGCGCGGCCAGCAGCGCGUCCUGCUCAUCCACGCCGUGGACGGCCGGGUCGCCUUG